CGGGGGUUCAGCGUGGAGACGUGGGGGAGACGUCGGGGAGACCGCUGGCAAUGGGCCACCUAGCACCGCCUCAGGAAUGUGGACCGUCCCCCCCAAUUUUGGCUUCAUGUAUCUGAGACUCCGCACCCCUUUGUUGUGCGCCCAAGAAGAAGGGGAAGAGGGGGAGAGCCAAAGGGACCCCGGUCGUCGACGGGCUCGCUCCCGAGGACAUGAGCAGGGAGCAGGUGGAGGAGCACGUAGGGCGCAUCCGGGAGGAGCUGGACCGGGAGCGGGAGGAGCGGAACUACUUCCAGCUGGAGCGGGACAAGAUCCACACCUUCUGGGAGAUCACGCGCAGGCAGCUGGAGGAGAAGAAGGCUGAGCUGCGCAACAAAGACCGGGAGAUGGAGGAGGCGGAGGAGCGGCACCAGGUGGAGAUUAAGCCCCGUUAUGCCUUGCCCGGCCGCUCGUUCCCGCGGAGGGCCGGGCCGGCCUGGGGUGGGGGCGCGGGGGUGUCCCUCGGCACCCCCCGCGGCAGCCCGCGGUUGUGCCAUCUCGCUCAGGCGGAGCAUUGCCCUGGUGCGGCCGGCCCUGCCCUGAUGUGCUGGCCUCUGGGGAGCGCUCUCUGUAGGGGAAGCUGGCGGCCUCCCUGUGGCCAGCGGGAGGUCCUUGCCCUCCAGCUCCCCCAGCCUGGGAGGGCGGGGUCUGUGGUCACUGAAACCGGAGCAGCGCCGGGGAGCGCCGCGGGAGAGGCUGCCGUGACCCCCACUGAUGGGCUUGUGGGUCUGCAGAAACAUACCGAGGAGAUCACCAAGAUGCGGAACGACUUCGAGAGGCAGGUGCGAGAGAUCGAGGCCAAGUACGACAAGAAGAUGAAGACGCUCAGGGACGAGCUGGACCUGCGCAGGAAGACGGAGAUCCACGAGGUGGAGGAGCGCAAGAACGGCCAGAUCAACACGCUGAUGCAGCGGCACGAGGAGGCCUUCACGGACAUCAAGAACUACUACAACGACAUCACCCUCAACAACCUGGCGCUCAUCAACUCCCUCAAGGAGCAGAUGGAGGACAUGCGGAAGAAGGAGGACCGCCUGGAGAAGGAGAUGGCGGAGGUGUCCCUGCAGAACAAGCGGCUGGCGGACCCCCUGCAGAAGGCGCGGGAGGAGAUCGGGGAGCUGCAGCGGAAGCUGGGGAGCCAUGAGAGGGACAAGCAGGUCUUGGUGUGCACCAAGGCGCGGCUGAAGGUCACCGAGCAGGAGCUGAAGGGCCUGCAGUGGGAGCACGAGGUGCUGGAGCAGCGCUUCCUCAAGGUGGGCGGCGCCUCUCUGCCGCCCGCUGCCCCUCCGCUCGCCCUGGCAGUGGGCAGGCUGACGGACAACAGGCUGCGGGCUCGGCCUGUGAGGCUGCGGCCCCUGCUGCCCACGCAGGCCCAGGCCAGCGGCCUCCACAGCUCCUCCGCUGCUUUCUGCGCUGGGGCGUGGGGCCCAGGCGCAGCACCCCCCGACCUCUCCUGUGUGCGGUGGGGCCGUGGCACCACCAGGAAAAUCCACUCCUGCAGGCUGAGGCGAGGGGCCCUGGCCCUGCUGCACCCGGAGGCUGGGCUGGGCCCGGUAGGGACAGGCUCGGGGCUGCGCCUGCCCCCUGGUGCUGAAGGGGAGGCGCCUGUCCUCUCCGCUGGGCAGUGGCCAGCCCGGAAGCCCGAGCUGUGCUGGUCCAGGGCCGCAAGCUCAGCCAGCCUGUGGCUUUCACCCUGGAGGCGGUUCCAUGGGACGUUCCGGGGGUCCCCAGCCCCUGCCCCCCGCCUCCUCACCCCAGCCCCUCCCCCCCAGGACGUCCUGGACUCCAAGAACAGCACCAUCAAGGACCUGCAGUACGAGCUGGCCCGCGUCUGCAAGGCCCACAACGACCUGCUGCGGACCUACGAGGCCAAGCUCCUGGCCUUCGGGAUCCCCCUGGACAACGUGGGCUUCAAGCCGCUGGAGACAGCCGUGGUGGGGCAGACGCUGGGCCAGGGCCCCGCGGGACUCGUGGGCACCCCAACAUAGCCGCGGACGGCCCCGCACGGGGGCCUCGAGGCUCCAGUCGUUAGCAAAUGAAGGUUUCCACAGCC